AAUAAUAACAUUCAGUCACAUGUUAGCAUAGUCUCGGGACUACCGUUUUAUUAGGAAUUUAAAUAAUAAAUUUAAAAGUAAAUAAUAAAAUAUAUAAUUAACAUAUACAUCAAAUAAAGUGGUUAUGAUGAAGUAUCUUCUUUUAUGCCUGCUGCUGGCGGUGACUCAGAUCGAAUCACAAACAACGUUGGAUCCUAUACAUCAACAGUGGCUGCAAAGUUUUCUGACUACGCCGAAGUCUUUAGACCCCACAGCCAAAUCGGGUGAGUGUAUAACGAAAGACCAGCUUCGAGGCCGGUGUGUGAAGCCGAGCGAGUGUGCAGACAACGCGUCUGAUGAAGAAAUAGAUCUGACCGCAAUUGGUGUAUACAGGGCGUUGGACUGCCACUAUCUGUUGAAGUGUUGUCCCAGGAAGCUGAUAAUCACGAAGCCGGCCACAAAACCGCCUCCAGUGACCGUCGCGCCCCGCGUGGGCUGCGGCUGGCCAAUGCCUGACUUAACCAACAUCAGGACGACCGGUACCGACUACGCGAGCUUUGGAGACUUCCCUUGGAUGGUGGCUCUCUUACGCAAAACUUCCAAGAUUUGGGAACAAAAGGAUUACUUGGGGGGAGGCUCAUUGAUUCACCCCUGGGUUGUCAUGACAACGGCGCAUAAGGUCAGCGAUUUAAGCAAAAACGAGAUCAAAUGUCGUGCAGGAGAAUGGGAUACUCAGACGCUCAAUGAGGAAUAUGAACACCAAGAGAGAGACGUGGCCAAGAUUGUAUCUCACGAGGGGUUGUGGUUAAAAAAGGGCAUUAAUAACAUAGCCCUGUUAAUUCUCCAGAAGCCCUUUGAUUUGGUUGGAGCCCCUCACAUUGGUAUCGCAUGUUUAGGACAGUCUAUGCCCAGUGAAGGAACGAAAUGUAUAAGUAUGGGCUGGGGCCAAACAGAGUUCAACAAGCCAGACGAAUAUGCAGUUAUAUUAAAAAAGGUGGAACUACCGAUAUACAACAGAGACCAAUGUCAAGUGAAUCUGCGUAAAUACAAAAAGCUUCGCAAAUGGACACUACAUGAUUCUAUGAUGUGUGCCGGGGGGGUGGAAGGCGUUGACACUUGUUCUGGAGACGGAGGAUCACCACUGGUCUGCGAAAUAGAUGGGGACGCCGACUCAAAACGCUAUGCCGUAUAUGGAAUGGUCUCUUUUGGACUAGAAUGCGGAAGAAAAGAUACGCCCGGGGUGUACACUGAUGUCACUUAUGUAUAUGACUGGGUGAAGAAGACAAUGACAGCAGAAGGCCUGCCUACUGACAGUUUUGUGUAUUAAGGAGGAUUCAUGCUACACUGUGUCGCGACCAAAUAUCAAUGAUCAAAUAUUAUUGUAUACUUUUUGUAUGAAUUGAUUUAUGCUUGAUCAUGGCUUAGGGGCACGGAGCAACGGGAAUGGGAAUCAUGCUCUAAUCUAGAAGUCAUUUUUAUGUAUAAUAAGGCUUAUAAUAAAAUAUACGCAAUC